CCCGUCCCCGCCCGCCAUCACGCAGCCGCCGCCGCAGAGCCCGGGGAGGCGCCGGGCAGGGGCAGCCGCCGCCGGAGGAGGAGGAGGAGGAGGAGGCCGAGGCGGGAGCGGGGGAGCUGCUGCUGCCGCCGCGGCGGGGGCAGAAAAUGGCUGUUCCACCUGCUUAUGCCGAUCUGGGCAAGUCUGCCAGAGAUAUUUUCACCAAGGGAUAUGGUUUUGGCUUAAUAAAACUUGAUUUGAAAACAAAGUCUGAAAAUGGACUGGAAUUUACAAGCUCAGGUUCAGCAAACUCAGAAACCAGCAAAGUUAGUGGUAGUUUGGAAACAAAGUACAAAUGGGUGGAAUACGGCUUGAUGUUCACGGAGAAGUGGAACACCGACAACACGCUGGGCACCGAGAUCACUCUUGAAGAUCAGCUUGCACGUGGCCUGAAGCUGACCUUUGACUCCUCCUUCUCUCCUAACACUGGGAAGAAGAGCGCUAAAGUGAAGACGGGCUACAAAAGGGACCACAUCAACCUUGGCUGCGACAUGGAUUUCGAUAUCGCCGGCCCUUCCAUACGUGGAGCCCUGGUGCUUGGCUACGAUGGGUGGCUGGCGGGCUACCAGAUGACUUUUGAGACAGCCAAGUCGAGAGUGACCCAGAGCAACUUCGCUGUUGGCUACAAGACGGAUGAAUUCCAGCUUCAUACGAAUGUGAAUGAUGGAACAGAAUUUGGAGGCUCCAUUUACCAGAAGGUGAAUGAUAAACUGGAAACUGCAGUGAACCUCGCCUGGACAGCUGGUAACAGCAACACCCGCUUCGGAAUCGCCGCCAAGUACCAGAUUGACCCAGAUGCCUCUUUUUCCGCUAAAGUGAACAACUCCAGUCUGAUCGGGUUAGGAUACACUCAGACUCUAAAGCCAGGUAUCAAACUGACGUUGUCAGCUUUGUUGGAUGGCAAGAACGUCAACGCAGGUGGUCACAAACUUGGUCUAGGAUUGGAAUUUGAAGCAUAAGGAGUGCUCCUACAAUCACGAAUUGGGAAAUACAGCAUAGCUACCUUCAGAGUAUAGUGUACCUUUCAAUGUUCUAUGUCCGGGAUGCAAGUAUUGCUAAGUAUCAGUCCUGCUAGUCCUGGGGAAAGACAGCUAAGCUUUAAAAAUCAUGUUAAAGGAGUGGAGACAAAAACAUAAAAAAAUUUUCCUAAUUCCAGACUUUUUUUUUAUUUUUUUUUGGAAUGUUAUUGCCCAUCACAUCUGUCAGCUGCCACGUGAUAGGAAGUAGGAAGGUGUUGAUUACCUUCACUGACAUAUUGACUGCAACAAGGAAUAUCUUUAAUGUGCUAUAAAACCCGAGAGGUUAAGAAUCGCUGACCACCCUAUUGCACUGUGAACCCCGCAAGCAAAACGCUCCGACGCUUAAGGUUUCAAGUCCCAAUGGAAUGUGCAAACUUGUCUGAAAAAGGGAUUAUUUUUUUUUUAGAUUUUAUUUUUUUUUUUAGAUAGGCAUUUCAUGAAUGGUUUUGGGUUUUUUUUUUUUUUUGUGAAGUUACACCUACAGCUGUCUCCAGGAUGCUUUAGGUUGUCCACCUUGUGUCAGCCCGUUGCAGAGGAGGUUUUGGUGUGACUCAGCCAAUUCUACCUGCCCCGUGUUGUGGUUCCUUUCCCUCGCACUGACUGGGAGGCUUUGUAAGGCAGGGCCAUGAUCAGGGAGGAGUCUUUGUAACCGCGAUCACAUAGUUGCAUCACUCAAUUUAAAAUGGACUUUUUCUUUUACGACCACUUUUUUUUAGCAACUCAAUGGGUACAUUUUUAGAGAGUCUUCCAUUUUGUGUGGAACUAGACCCCAAAAACGCUGUACUUGACACUACUAAAAAUGGAUACAAAGAACCCAAACCCAACUUGAAUAAAAUAUUGAAAUGUCACCUUUUA